AUGGCUGUGGAGGUGGAAGAUGAUGUUUUCUUUGCAGAUCUUGCUAAGCAGAUUGCUCUGCUAAUUAUGGAUGAUGAGGAAGAGUUCCCAGUGCACUGCCAUCAGCUUCCUGUUCAGGAGCUUCCUUGCAUGCCUCAAAUCAUGAUUCCACCACCGCAAAGCUAUCAGGUGGCUUACAGACGGGAGAGCAAAGGAACAGGAGUCUUCAUCCCAUGCUCUACUGCACCAAGAAAGAAGAACAGGCCAAGGAGGUCCUCACCCUCUCCACCUGACAGUAACCCCCAUAGGCAGCUGGGCAAGUCUGCAGCUGUGGUUUCUCAUGUCACCGGCAACAAUCUCAUAUACAGCAAUCAUUACAGUAACUCAAGUGUGCUAAAGAAGCAGACACAGAAGUAUCAAAUGAUCUCUGGCUCAUUCUAA